AUGUCCUUCCGUAAAAUAGACGUCGACGCCUUAGACGAGGAGCUGUUAUCAAAGGAGGAAUUGUUUAUAUUCUCGAAUGGGGUCGCGAAUGGUCCGACUUUGGAAAGUGUAAAAAGUAAAGCAAUAGACGUAAGAAAUGCCCUGACUAGAUUAGUGACACCAGGCUUUUUCGUCGGAAGAGGUGAUACGGCAACAGCAUUAUCAAUUGCUUUAGAUAAUCCACCAUAUGGGCUUGACAAUGACGAGGCGAAGGCACAAAACACAAGAAACGUCCUUGAUGUCUUAUCAUCAGUCAAAGCUAGCGACAUUCUCGGACAUGUGAAAGCCCUGUCGAGUGACCAACAGUUGGUGCUGAUGAAGUAUAUUUAUAAAGGUAUGGCAACACCAGAGACUGGACAAUCGGCGGUUCUGUUGAAUUGGCACGACAAGCUUACAGAAGUGGCAGGUGUUGGGUGUAUUGUACGCGUGAUUACAGAUAGAAAAACUGUCUAG